GAGAGCAGGACCGGUACGGUGGGAAAUACACCGGUACAUCAGCCACGUCAGCACGUUAUACCGCGCGAGACAAGCUAUAAGUCUCGACGUUUCCAUCAUCGUCCGACACGCUCAUCUAUCGCAACCAUGCUGCUCCCCCGGAUCCUUGCUCUAACAUUGGCGUUGGCUCCUGCGCUGUCGCAUGCGGCUCUGUUUACGGACGACUCGGUGGUGAAGAUGAUCGACGCGAAGCAGUUUAGGAAAGCGAUGAAGGAGAACAUCACCCAAGUAGUUGCCUUUGUCGCGCCAUGGUGUGGUCAUUGUCAACGACUCGCGCCGGAGUACAGCAAGGCCGCCCUCGGACUGUAUCCCCUUAUUCCCACGUACGCCGUGGAUUGCGACAAGCCGAAGAACAAGCCUUUGUGUGCCGAGCAAGGCGUACAAGGAUUUCCGACCCUCAAGUUAUUCCCUCGCGGCCGCCAUGUGGCGCCUCUGGAGUUUACUCAUGGAGAACGUUCCGCCAGUGCGUUGUACUAUUGGGCUACUCGAAACGUCCCACAUGGUGUGAAGAAGCUGUACAAUUUUGACGAUAUUACCCCCUGGCUCGAAGAGAACAAGGACAGCCACCGUGCUUUCUUACUCAACAAUGGCAAGCACAUUCCUCUCUUGUGGCAGACACUAGGGAACAAGUACAAGGAUCACUUCAAGUUCUCGCUCCACCGAGACCGUCGAGGCCUCAGCUCGGAGAAGAUGGGAUUCGAGAAGAGCAAGUGGGGCUCCUCAAAAGUGCUCUUCUAUCCCGCUGGAUCGGUGGAUUAUGUGCUCUACGAAGGCAUCCAAAAAUUCGACUCGUUGUCCAAAUUCUUCGACUCCGUGAUCGAUGGUACUGCGGAUCUGCGCGUCGUCAACGAAGAAGCCAAGAAUGAAGAAUUUGCACCCGACGAGAAGGAGCUCGAGAUUCAGCGCAGACAGGAGGCGCAGCGGAUUGCUCUCGCACACGGCGGAUUCUCCAGCCUCAUCGACUUCGAGAAAGCGGUCCUAUCGGGACAAAAUCCUCAUGGCCCUGACCACGCUGGGUACCCGGGUAUGAUGGGCGAGAUGCCGAAGGAUGACGCUAAGCCUGAAGAUCCGAUACACAACAUUCUCAAGCACCAAAAGCAGGAGGAGGCGCAAAGUGACAGCUCCAAGGCCGGAAAAAUGGCAGCGACCGGCGAUAGUCACCAGGCGACGUUCGAGGCAGGUUCGUUGUCGGGCCAGCCUCAGACCGCUGCCCUGUCAGGCACUCCGGCCGCCCCUUCUGAAGCCUCUACCGUCGUGGCACAGCCUAAGUCUGCGCAGGAGACGGUGGCCAGCCAGCCUAGCGCAGAGGGUGAUGCUGCGCGUGCGAAAGAUGAGUUGUAAGGUUGUGUACGCUUGUAAUACUAGGAUGACUACGAAUUUUCUCGGGGUUUCC